CGCGUGCCGUCCAGGCCAUCGGCGAAACCCCACCACCCCCCACCCUCUUUGGGCGUGCGAAACGCGAGCGAUUCUUACUGGAGUUUUGGUCAUCCUCGUUGUGGACGAUUGUUUUCUCUCGUUGAUGAAAUUUAUAUCCAAGUUUUCAUAACUUCCAUUGAAAUUUUUUUGGAUGACAUGCCUUUUUUCCCCACGCAAUGAGAAAAAAACCGGUUGCGAAGUGACAUUUCGAGAGACUACCUGCGUGUAGAGGGACACUCUCUGAAAGCGAUGGUUGUUCGUCCCGAUCAGGCCCUCCGAUCAUGCUGCGAGAAUGAUGUGCGCAGAUUUUUAGGGAAACAGUGCGCGAUGGUUCCCCUUUAGCACGACAAAGCUCGGAACAAAUGGUUUGCCCAGACCAUUUAUUUCGUCGAUGAUCUAACCAAGCCCAGAAUGUCGCUGAAAUAAAAUCGGAAACAAUAUUAUUAUAAAAUGAAUGUGAGGACGGGUUUUAAAAGUAAUGGUUCCCUCCGUGGGGCAGGAUACAUUGAACUGAGAGGAUUAAUAUCCGUUGGAAAAUGUCAGCAUUCUAUUUUUCGUGAAGUUAUUUCUGUGUGCCAAUUCACCAGUUGACGGAAUAAUCCGUAUUUUGUAAUUUUUUUAUUGAUUUAUUUUAUUUAUAUUUUUAAGUGGCGACAAUACUCUUCACUAGCAGAUCUUAGUUUAAUUUCAAUGAUGUCUACAAUUCCAUGCGCUCGUUGAACGAUAUAUAAUAACCCAUUUAAAGAAUUUUGUAAUUACGAUACCUAAACGCUCGCUGCUCUCGGUGUUUCGGAAUGAGAUCCCGCUGGCUGACAACGAAGACCCGCGCGGUGGUUUUGCGAUAAUUGAUUAUAUCCGUAGCGACUUCAAAUCAAUAAACAUUGAGCUUUUUUCCAGAUGAGGAAAAGAUAACAUAGCGGAGCAGGACAUGGAGGUUAACAGCUCGGAUUAUGAGCUCGGCGCCACUGAAACUGCGGCCGAUGACCUUUAUGAUCCAGAACCAAUCGCUCAAAAUGAGUUCGUCAACCAGACUGAUUUCAAUCAGACGUCACCGAUCUACUCCAUUGGGACCGACUUCCUCUCAGAAUGGAAACUGCGGAGGGAGAAAGACAGGCUGUGUCGAUUUACAUUCCAAAGGCUGUACACGGAGCAGUGCCAGCCCGCCUACAACCUGUCUGACAUCGCAUCCGUUUGGGACAAUUACCAGGGGUACUCCUCCUGGGGUAACGAUGACUCGGUUCUAUCCGAUUAUGAUCAAGGCCUGGCCAACUUUUAUCAGCUAUCGUCAACGAUGCUUGCAGCCAACAACACGACACUUUUGAAUUCAAGUUUGGGGAACAGCUCAUUGGAGGAGAUCACUCUAACCCCGGUGCUUCCUCCAUUCGCGCUGUGGCAAAGUAUUCUCAUCGCGCUGGUAAUUGGUAUCUGCAUUGUCUUAACCGUUGGCGGUAAUAUUCUCGUGCUGUUAGCCUUCAUGGUAGAUAGGUCAAUUCGGCAACCCAGCAAUUACUUCAUAGCUUCGUUGGCGGCCACCGAUAUUUUCAUAGGGACUGUAUCGAUGCCGUUCUUCACGAUCUACUUGCUGAUGGGCUACUGGGACCUCGGCCCGCUACUAUGUGACCUAUGGCUCUCGGUCGACUACACUGUCUGCCUCGUCUCCCAGUACACGGUCCUCUUGAUCACCAUCGAUCGGUUCUGCUCGGUCAAGAUCGCCGCGCGCUACCGGAGCUGGCGGACCAAGAACAAAGUCAUCUGGAUGGUGGCCAUCACUUGGGUCGUCCCCGCGCUGCUCUUCUUCAUCAGCAUCUUCGGCUGGGAGCACUUCGUCGGCUACCGGGACCUCCUCCCCGGCGAGUGCCUCGUCCAGUUCCUCAAAGACCCCGUCUUCAACACGGCCCUCAUCAUCGGCUACUUCUGGACCACUCUCAUCGUCCUCUUCGUCCUCUACGGCGGGAUCUACAAGGUCGCCUACGACAUGCAGAAGAAGAGCGAGGCGAAGCAGCGGAAGAUGCAGUCGAUGGUGGCCCUCAGCGCGGGCGCCAUGUCGGGGAUGGCGGGUCGAGCCGCCGGCAUCGGGAUCGACAAGACGCAGGUGGCGGCCCAGAGGCUUCGGCCGACGAGCCUCACUCCCGGACAGUUCAGCGCGGCCGGGGACUCCAACUCGAGUCACAAAACCCCCUCCUCGAAGAACACCAACACGACCGGGACCCUCUCGAACGAGUCCAAGAAGGUGGUCGUCCAAUGCAACGGCGACAAGGUCGAGAAGGAGCGAUCCUCAAGCCCGACUUUCGAGUCGGACGAAGAUAGCGUCACCAACGUCGUCCGCUCAAAAUCGAAACAGAGCCUCGACCGUAAGAAAUCAACCAUCAUGGGACUCAUGGUGAACAUGCAAGUGCAGCACUCCAAUAGCCAGCAGUUCAAGUCCACCCUCUCGCCCAGGGACGAUAACCAAAGUGGCGCCAAAGGCGCCAGUAGCACUAGUUUAGAUGACAAAAACAAUAAUUCCAAAAUAAACUCCAAGGAGAAGGGCAAAGGCUCGCCGCCGUUGAGGACCAGUCGGGAGUCGCUCAACAAGUCGAAAUCCUUGAACCAGAUCACUGCCAAGCAGCUGCGUGCCAUGGCCGAGUCUCAAGAGGAAGAUCUGAUCGAUAUGACCUACGAUCCCCAACCGGAAGACAACGGGUCCGUCGGGAACUUGUCGAGCAAGACGUUGACCCCGAAGCUGUCCAAAUCCAACCUGAACAUCGCCUCGGACCCCCCGAGCGAUCGCUCCGUCUCGGAGGUGUCCUCGAUCCCGAUGUCCGUCAAGUCCCACCAGUCCCGAUCCAUCAUUCUCCCGCCGCCCGCUCAGUUCCAGAGCAGCCCGCCGGUCUCCAACACCAACAGCUACAACUCCCCCGCGUCGACGAGGGCCAGCUCGCGACCCAAGAGCCUCAUCCUCAACUCGCACGAGAGCGCCACUUACGAUGUCCUCGUGGGACUGGACAACUCCGAGCUUCGGUACAUGGACGAGAGUUCGAUCAUCGUCGCGUCGCCCGGCGUGGAGAGUCCACCGAGCUCGCUGAGUUUCCCCGCGACGGAACCGUUGACGCCGAUCCACGCUGCGACGAGUACGACGUCGCUCCUCCAGGCGGCGCUUAUCCGCUCUGCCGCCGUUCAGGCGAAACCCACCCCGGUUAAGGUGGACACAGCGGUGGCUGUGAAUCUAGACGAGCGACCGGUCACAUCUGUCGUCCAGGUUGAGGAGGUUGAAGAAGAAAAGACUAAAGCGGGCACUCCUGCUACUUUAUACUCCGUGGCAUCGACUUCGGUGACGGGCCCGACGGUAAUAACGGCGCCGCUCAGCCCGGAGGUAAAAGCCGCGGCCAUCGAGGACGAGAAGUCGACGACGAGCCAAAGAGUCUCCACGGUCGAUGACGCGGAGAAGGGGAAGAAGGCGGACUUCGUGCGGUCGCUGGGCAAGAAGUUGAAAUCCAAGCGGAAACGCAACAUGGCGCGCCAGAAAUCCAAGUCUGAGAACCGGGCCAGAAAAGCCUUCAGGACAAUAUCCUUCAUUUUAGGUGCUUUCGUUGUUUGUUGGACUCCUUACCAUGUGUUAGCUCUAGUCAAAGGGUUUUGCUCGAACCCGUACUGCAUUAACGAGCAUUUGUUUAUGUUUUCCUAUUUUCUCUGUUACGCCAAUAGCCCCAUGAACCCUUUUUGUUAUGCAUUAGCGAAUAAUCAAUUUAAGAAGACGUUCACGCGACUUCUGAAAGGAGACUUUCAUAUGACGUAGACAACUUCCUCCCGUUUUUUUUUUAAAAGAAUCUUUUCGCUACUAGUCUUUGUUAUCGACAUACGUACUGUUAAUUAUAUAUUUGAUUACUAGUUUUCCGUCGAGAAACCUUCUAUUAUUCCUCGUGCCCAUUCAUUUUACCCGCAUCAAAAAGAAAAAAAGUUACCUCCGAUAAGAAGUUUUUCUUUUUCGGUACAUUGUAAGUAUUUGUGACGCUUUCUUGAAUAACUGUUAUUAACUUCACACAGGAAUUUUCCGGGUGGCAAGUAAAAGUAACCAAGAUUCAACUAAAAAUCAUAAUUUUGUCAUAGCGUAAAAAUGAAUAUUUCUGGCAGUCAAGUUCAGAAAAAUGUAAAACACGAACCAAACUUAGAACAAUCUUCUUCGGAAGUGCUAUUUUCCAACGUUAAAAUUAACAUCAUGUGUUCUCCUGUAGGCUGCGCUCCAAAUUUUUAUACAUUUUUGCUAGCAAAUGACAAUAAAUUAACCACAUGAUUUACCAUCUCAAUGUGUCAUGUAGUUUCAGUGAUCCACCGACCUUAAAAGAGUUAAGAGUGGUGUUUUCCAGAACGAGUCACAUUUGACUAUAGAAAUAAUUUAUACAAUUUACCUUUAAUAGUGUGAUUUUCUUCAUUUAGUGAAGAGACCCAAAAGUAGAACAUGACGAAUGUGGAGGACUAUUUUUUCUAUUCCUCCUAGCUAUUCACAAUCAUUAUUGAUAAUGGGUGCUUUUUAGUAUACUUUUUCUAGCUCGGAAAAACAGGGAAUUGAUUUUUUUUUUCUCUAUUUUGCGCCAGACGCCAUAAUUUUGGUUCUUGAAAAAUUGUAUCGCACAUAAAAACAAGAAUAAAAUCUAUGUCGGUUUGACGAAGUAAAAAGUAUACGUUAUACUUUAAUUGAAUUGUUCAUUAGAAGCGAGCAUCUCUUAGGUAAAACAUGGCUCAUGCAUAAACCACAAAAUGAUACAAAAUGCCAGAUGGAUCGAUUUUGAUUUAUAUCACGAUGACCCUCAAAGCAAUAAAGAACAUGCUUAGGCGAUCAAUCAAUCGAUAUUUUCUUGUUUUCUUCGUUGAAAUUGAAGACUUAAAAUAUUCUGUUUUUAUCUUAUUACCUGUGCUAGUUUCAUCAACAUAAUAAAC